CACGGCUUUGCACCGAGGACAGCAUUAACGGGAUCUCAUUGAGACAGUUUGGUGAGCCGUCUGUCUCACCCUGUACUUGAAUGUUAAUAUAAAAGACCGUAUUGGACGGCAGAUUCGAGGAAGAAUGAAGUGAUCCUCACUUGAAUUUGUCUUUUUUGCAUGCCUCUCUUGAUUAAGUUAAGAUCAUGUAAAAUUGCAAAGCAACAAUAUUCCUCUCCUAUGAUUUUUCCCUUUCUCCAAUCCAUCAUCUCUUUCCAUGCAAAGUCUCACUGUUUCUCUAAUAAGCUCAUUCAUCUCCCACUUAUUAUUCCCCACCUCCCUCUCUCCUUCUCUGCAAUACCCAACCAUGCUCAAAUUGUUAAGCUUGGCCACUCCAAUGACAUGUUCUCCCAGAACAACCUCCUUACCAUGUACUCAAAAUCCCACCUUUUGUGUCGUGCACGACAAGUGUUCGACGAAAUGACCGACAGAAAUGUCGUCUCUUGGACUUGUAUGAUCACUGGGUCGAUUCAGAACGGCGAAUGCGAAAUGGGUUUUCGGUUGUUUCGACAGAUGUUGAGGGUUGGGUUUUAUCCAAAUGAGUUCGCUCUUGCUAGCGUUGUAAGUGCGUGCGAAUCCUAUGAGGAAAUAAAGCUUGGUGUUUCGCUUCAUUCGAUUGCAUUAAAGCUUGGAAUAGACCGGAAUCCGUAUGUGGGUAGCUCGGUCUUAUUGAUGUAUGCGAAGAACAGGGAUACUGAAGUGGCAGAGAUUGCAUUUGAGUGCAUAUUUUAUCGAGACCUAGCUUGUUGGAAUUCAAUGGUGGAGAGCUACGUAUUGAAUGGCUACGGAUACAAUGCGAUGCGAACAGUAUGUUCUAUGCACCGAAAAGGACUGGUUUUUGACCAGUUUACUUUUUUAAGUGCUAUUAAGGGAUGUUUGAUUAGCAAAGACUUAAAUUAUGCACGACAAAUACACUGUUUGAUCAUCCAGAAUAGGUUCGAGUCGUAUAUUGCGGUGAUGAACUCUCUCACCGAUUUGUAUUUCACAUUAGGCGUGAAGGACGUUGCUUUGAAGGUGUUCGAUAAUAUACUAGAGAAGGAUGUUGUUUCAUGGAAUACGCUAAUAUCUGCGGCUGCCCAAGAGGAGGAUGAGAUAGAAGCCAUGGGUUUCUUCUCUAGUAUGUUAUCAACUGGUUUGAAGCCUAACCACGUUACUUUCUCUGUUAUAUUAAGAAUGUGUGCUGUUAAGGAGCAAAUUUCACUUGGUCUACAGUUCUUUUGUUUAGCUUGUCGUAGUGGAUAUUCUGAUAAUGUUCUUGUUGCUAACUCGGUUGUAGAUUUUUUAUCUAAAUGUGGUUUCGUGAAUACCGCAUAUCAUUUUUUCCGAAGCAUCCCGGCUAGAAAUCUUGUUACAUGGAAUGAAAUGAUAUCUGGGUAUGGCUUAAAUGGCUACAGCAAAGAGGCAUUUCAGCUUUUUCGCAAUUUACUUAGGUCAAAUAUAAGAGGAGACGAAUUUACAUAUUCUGGUGUAUUAGGUGCUUGUAAAGAAACGCAAGAUUCAAGGACAUGCGAGCAGAUACAUGGUAACAUCAUUAAAUCCGGUUUUGCUUCAUAUCAGUAUGUAUGCACAUCACUGGUGAAAGCUUAUAGUAUGAUUGGAUCGGUUGGAAACUCAUUUAGGGUUUUUGAAGAAGUCGGUGAAUUAGAUUUGGUGUCUUGGGGAGUGAUUAUCUCUGCAUUCGUGAAACGAGGCCUUUUCGGAGAAGCCCUUUCACUUGUGAACUGCUUGAGAGAAGAAGGGCAACAGCCCGAUGAGUUCAUACUGGCUAAUAUUCUAAACGCAUGUUGUAACGCCGCUUUGAUUAUCCAGUGCAGGUGUAUCCAUUCUCAUGUAGUUAAGACAGGUCAUGAGAAGCACUUUUGUGUAGCAAGUGCUGUUAUAGAUGCCUAUGCUAAAUGUGGAGAUAUUAUUAGCUCCAAGAUGGCUUUCGACAACUCUUCGGUAGAAAAUGAUGCUAUCCUCUACAAUACUAUGAUCACAGCUUAUGCACAUCAUGGGCUGAUAAAAAAAGCUCUUGAACUCUACGAGCAAAUGAGACUAGCUAAUGUAGAACCUACUCAAGCCACAUUUGUCGCGGUCAUUUCAGCUUGUAAUCAUCUGGGACUAGUGGAGCAAGGCAAAUACAUUUUCAACUCAAUAAGCUACAUUUAUGGAAUGCGACCUACGAAGGAUCAUUUUUUAUGCUUGAUCGAUCUCCUUGCACGAAAUGGACUUCUUGAGGAAGCUAAGGCUGCUAUAGAAAGCAUGCCAUAUGAACCUUGGCCUGCUGCGUGGAGGUCGUUGUUAAACGGUUGUCGAAUUCAUGGAAAUAAAGAGAUGGGUGAAAUUGCAGCUCAAAAGAUACUAAAAUUGGUGCCAAAUGAUGAUGGUGUUUAUGUCUUGCUUUCGAACAUUUAUGCUGAAGAUGGUAGUUGGGAAUGUGCAGAGAAGAUAAGGAUGAAGAUGGAAGAAAGGAGAGCCCAGAAGGUUCCUGGGUAUAGUAUGAUUGAGAUAUAAGGAAUAAAUAGUAAAUUCUGAUAAAGACAGCAAGACGAGCGCAAUCAGAAUUUCAGGUCUUUCAGAUAAUCGAUAACGAAGGUGCUUAAUUUCUUAAUUUUUGUGAAGUAUUUGAAGAUAAUUUACUUGUGAUUUGUGAAGUGAUCUGCAGUAUAAAACUCUCAAACUUGGUAGCCGAGCGAAAAGAAUGAAAGCAACAGAUCUGUUGUUACUGAGGUCAUAUUCACUGCUGAAGAACUGGGAAAGCUGUAUUAUGCUAAUGAACGAAGAGUGUUGGUACCGAAUCGAUAAAAGUAGAACAAAGGUUGAUGUGCUUUACAAAUAGGGCAAUGAUUCGCGCGGCUAUUUGUAUAACUGGAUUUAAUAGGGUUUGUAUAUAUGUGAAGCAAUUUAUGUACAGGAUUUAGUGAUGGUAGCAGUAGCAAGUACUGUUUAGUGUAUUGCACAGCAAAUUCCUCAUGCACAUUAAUUAUUUCUUUUAAGACCGAAACUUAUUCGAUCCUUCUACUUUUUA